GACUAUUUAUGUCAUCUCUGAGCCUUCAUACCAAAACAUCAUAUCUGUAGAAUCAUGCCGGUGGAGCUCAGGGACAUUGCCCUCUUGGGUGGAGUUAGUGUGGCACAUGCAUGGCAACUAUCUAGAUUUGCAAGAAGAGUUGGUGCUGCAAGAGGCAAGUUCAAGGUGAAUUUUCCAGCAACAACCGGUAAUGAAGACUUUGAGAGAUACUACAGGGCCCAAAUGAAUGCUUUGGAAUUCUUCCCCAUAUUUUCCACUACUCUAUGGAUGGGCGGGUUGUUUUUCCAUCAAGUUCCCGCAGCUAUUGCUGGUGUUGUGUAUAUUUACGCAAGACAGAAGUACUUUAAUGGCUACAUUAUCAGUGUUAAAGAUAGGUUGCCAGGAUUUAAGCUCUGUGUGAGAAGUAUCAUAGCACUGUUGGGAAUGUGUGUCCUAGGGUUCGGCCAUCUUGCCAUUGAGACCUUCACAGGAAUUAACAUUAGGGAGCAGUACCUGCAGCAAUACCUCAAGUUCUGAAUCAUUUAAAUGCAGGGUCCACUGAUAACUCAGGAUGUUGGAUUUUAAAUUAAUAAAUGUUACAACCCAAAACAAGAAAAUCACAGUUUUCUUGCAAACUGAAACGAUUUAUCAACAAAAUAUUGUAACUCAGUUCUUGCAAACUGAAACGAUUUAUCAACAAAAUAUUGUAACUUCUGUUGACUGGUUUCAUAUUUUUAUACAUUUAUUUUAGCAAAAUAAACUUAUGUUUUCUAGAA